AUGUUUCGAAUCCUUCAAAAUCAAACGAGAAUUUCAAAGAUAAUACUUUCUCGCAAAUGUACUCAUUUACCCUUAAAUUUGUCUCGUUCUAUACAAAGAGCUUCUGAAGUAGCAGCGGAAACAGCUUCGGUUGUAAAAGUCGAGCAUGGUCGAUUUUACUAUGAUAAUAUAUACCCUCUUAAGAUAGGGUCUUUUGAUGUUCGGCAUUUUCUUGUUAGGUCGAAUAGAGAAAGGCUAGAAAAGAAAUUGAAAGCAGGAAGAUGGAUUCCUGCUGAGGCUGAAAUGCCAUAUAAGUUUAAAGUCGAAGGUGUAGAACCUAGAAAAAAGGAAGGUGGAAUGUUGGUUAAAUUUACUUUUCGAGUAGAUCCGGUUCAAAGAGAGAAGGCAUUGGAGGAAAUAAGUCAAAAUGUACAGGCUUUUUUGAAAGACAAAAAUAUUAUACCAUGGUUCAACGUUCGCCCAACCAAGGCAUAUUUGGGAGAACCGUUUAUUGAAGAUUUAACUAAUAGAUACCCUGCAAGCCGUUUACGUAUUGAAUUUCAAGGACCAGAUGUUUCAAUUGAAACUCUUUAUAAUUACCUCCGACCAUAUGGCAUAAUUCGGGACAUAACUUUAUUACCAUCAUCUUCUAAAGAUCUUCCACGAUACGUAAUGGUACUAUACUCGAGAAUGCGAUCAGCUACUAGUGCCAAAAAUUGCGUACAUGGAAAAACAAAUCAAGUUUAUAAUUGGAUGGCAGCUCAUCCGAGGAUUUCGGUUCCACUUAUUGCUGCCUCAAUUGCUUUCAUAACUUAUACCAUUUUUGACCCAAUCCGCGUCUUCUUCAUAACAUCAAAAGUCACACAACGGUUCAACAUUCAGGAAUAUCGUUUGUAUCAAUGGCUUAGGAAGGAGACAAUUGAUCGAGUAAGGGCUCUUCGUGAAACGUCCGAAGACGAAGAUGAAUCUUUCGCUGAUCUGAGUGCUUGGAAAGAAAGAGAACAGGAAGAAGCUAAAUUGCUAAAUUGGUUAAAAGAACCACCAGAAACGUUUAUUGUUUUACUUGGUCCAACUGGCAGCGGUAAAAGUGGCCUGAUUAAUAAAGUUUUAGCAAAACAAGUGGGAUAUUUCCCUGUUUUCACUCUCUUGGUUACUCUUUCAAAUUUGAUUGAUGGAUUUGCCAGCGCAACUAUAGGGCAGAAAACGGUUGGGUUUUCUUCAACAACUGAUACUGAAAUUAAGAAAAUCCUUGACGCACUUGCAAUUUCUUUGCAUGAUAUCGCACCUGAAUCAUUAACCAAGAAGUCAUGGUACAAUCAGAAAAAACCACACGACUAUCUUGAAGCUCCUAUAGUUGAUUCUUAUGACCCGGCAGAAAUUCCUAUUAUAGUAAUUGAUGCUUACAUGACCAAGGAUAAGGAAAGUCACGAGUUAUGGGAUCAUUUGGCAAAAUUAGCUGCUUUACUUGUUGAAAAUAGGGUUGCGCAUGUAGUGUUUGUAAGUUCAAAUAUAGGAAUUAUCAAGCAUCUAAGUCGAGCUCUUCCAAAUAAGUCAUUCCAUUAUGCUGUUCUUUCGGAUGCCCCACAUGAAAGAGCCAUUAGUUUGGUAAAGCGUCAUGUACAUGAUAAAAACCUUGAAGGAUUGGAAGAAGCCGUUGGUGCACUUGGCGGGCGGUUAACGGACUUGCGACUCUUUAUUAAUAAAAUACGUAGCGGACAAAGACCAAUUGAUGCGCUGCAAGAGCUUGUUGUUAAAGCAAUAGUUGAUGUCCGUAAACUUGCAUUUGGUGACGACAAUGAAGACGCAACAACCAUUCCUUGGAGUGGCAUACAAUUUUGGGAAAUAAUGAAAAAAUUAUCGAAAGGGGAAACUGUAUCCUAUGAUUCUGUGAAAUUUUCACCGAUAUUUGGUGGAGAUGAUACUCAAAUUAGAGCUAUGGAACAAGCUGAACUAAUAUCUAUUACGCAGUUCAAUGGUCGUCCAAAUACUAUAAAACCUGGGAAACCACUUUAUCAAGCGGCUUUUGCGGAAAUUAGUCUUGAUAGAUUAUUUGCAGCAACCAUGGAACUUCAAACAACUCAACAUCUUUUAUCACUUGAGAAUAAUAAGAUCAAAAAGUACGAGGAUGAACUUGAAAAAUUGGGAUCAUUAUUUGUUAAAAUAGAUGGUAAAUGGUUAUUUGGUAAUGGUAAUGUACCGGAAACCGUAGAUCAUCGAGUGAAAUUCUUGUUAUCGUUAUUGAAGAAAAGUCAUGUACGCACAGAAGCAUAUCAAAAACAAAUCGAAGAACUUAGAAAAGUGAUUGCAUUAGGAUGA